AAAAGAGCAUCCCAUUACCGACGGACGUUUUCCAACCGAUUUAGUGGUGGCAAAUUUGCAACGAACUUCGGACGGAGUUCUAACGGAUGACGUCGGGAUUCGGUGGGAAUGGCGUAGGAAUUUAUUUAGCCCUGCUACGGAUAUAUCCGUCGGAAAUCUGUGGGGAAGCAUUUACAAAUUCGUCGGGAUUCCGUAGGAAAGCGGUUGGAAGUAUUUGGCUUCCAGUUCGGGUGCAAUCCGUCGGAACUCGGUUGCAAAGGGAUUGGAAAGCUGUUUCGAAUCCGUCGGAAACUCGUUGGAAUUCCGUAGGGAAUAGAUAUUUUUUAAACUCACCGACAAUUAUUUGGAGAAAUCAAUUUGAAUCAAACCUUAUCCCUGCGGCCCUCCUCCAUUUAUAUUGCACUUCAAUUGCCAAGAUAAUAGGCACCUCCCAUUCAUCUUCCUAAACUAUUUUUUUUAAAUCUUGGUUUCGUCUCUAUACUUUUAUAAUGUAUAUGAUAGAUAGAAGUUGGAUGUACGAUAGAUACGAUCCAAUUUCAAAAAAUGUUUCUGCAAAUUUCAUGAAUGGUGUUGAAUGUUUUGUUGAAUUCGCUCGUCUUCAACAUGAAUUUAGUGGCGGAGAAGAAAUUCGAUGUCCAUGUCGGAAGUGUGGUAAUCGACGAUUUCAUGCUAUUGAGGAAGUAAAGCUUCAUCUUUUUAGACAUGGAUUUAUUGCCGGUUAUGAAACGUGGACUUCUCAUGGAGAAUUGUUACAAGGUUCGACAUUUUUGAAUUCUCAAACCCCAAAUGAACAUACUACCGAAAAUGUUCAUGGAGCAUAUUCAGGGAGUCAAGAUGAGACACCAUGGGGUCAAAGAAUGUUAGAAGACAUUUUCGGAGGACACGUGACGAUAAACUCCACAAACUACGAUCCUAAUUGUGGAGAACAAAGAGGAGAUGAAUCACCAAAUGAAGAUGACAUAUCAUACUUGGCGGAUCAUUUUCAAAAUGUUUUGCAAGCUGCAGAUCAGCCUUUGUAUGAAGGUUGUAAUGAAGGCUCCCAAUUGCAAUUUGUUUCUGAAGUAAUGAGUAUCAAAUCCGAUUUUAAUGUUCCACAAGAUGAAGUCAAUCGGUGGCUGGAAUUAUUUGGUCGAUACUUACCCCGUGACAACACUGUUCCUAGAAAUUAUUAUGAGACAAAAAAACUUGUGGCUGAAUUAGGUCUUCCUGUGGUGAAGAUUGACGCGUGUCCUAAUGGGUGUAUGUUGUUCUGGAAAAAUGAUAAAAAGUUGGAAGUGUGUACAUUUUGUGGUGAGAAGCGUUACACAUAUGAUGCAUAUCAGGAUUGUCGGUCAAAAAGACAGAAACGAACUGCUAUUUCAGUAUUACGUUAUCUACCUUUGACACCGAGGCUGCAAAGAUUAUAUGCAUCACGCCAAACUGCUGAGUCCGUGAUAUGGCAUUCUACUCAUGAAUCAAUUGGAAAUUUGAUGGGUCAUCCUUCUGAUAGUGAGGCGUGGAAACACAUUGACAAUUUAUAUCCCGACUUUGCCUCAGAUCCACGUAACGUUCGAUUGGGAUUGUGUUCUGAUGGAUUUGCUGCACACGGGCAGUAUGGUGCAUCGUAUUCAUGUUGGCCAGUUAUUCUCACGACGUACAACCUUCCUCCUGGUAUGUGCAUGAAAUCUCCAUACACGUUCUUAUCUCUCAUUAUUCCUGGUCCGAUGUGUCCUAAACGAAAAAUUGAUAUUUAUUUACAACCGCUUAUUGAUGAGUUGAAACAUCUUUGGGAUGAGGGUUCUAGAACGUAUGACGUGGCUAAAAAUGAAAUGUUUUCUAUGCGAGCUGUUUUAAUGUGGACAAUUAGUGACUUUCCUGCAUACGGGAUGCUAUCAGGCUGGAGUACUGCUGGGAUUUUAGGGUGGAGUACUGCUGACUUUCCGUUUAAGGCUGUGCAAUUGGGUAGGACACCGCUGGCUACUGAGCUUCUCAAAGACGGGUUUCAAAAAAAAGGAACUAAUGAAUGGAGUGGUCCACGAGCUCAAGAGAUUGCGGAAAAAGUUGCAGCAGAGGUAGACCGUAAAAAACAAGACUCCGAAGAGGGAACAAAAGUCGAUGAAAAUGCAGUUUUUUUGAAAGUGGUAUCUCCAAAAAAAGGCAAAAUAUUUGGGGUGGAUCCCUUUACUGCAAUGGCUAUGUGCAAUGGUUCAUUAGAUACCACAUCGAGUAGACAGACCCAAUAUGUGAAGCUUGAUGAUUUCAAUGCUUUUAAAUCGUCGAUAAUGGAUCAAAUAGGACAAAUGAUGGUGAGGCGGGAGAUGGAUUCUACUCAUGGGUCGAACAACCUUUCAAAUCCAAAUAUGACACAAGGUCUUAUGUCUCAGCUUCAUACCUCUAUGUUUCCUACGGUUCCAUCCGGGAUGACUCACAAUUUGCACGCACAACAGGCCCCUUAUUACCCAACAAUGUACCCGAAUGGCUACAUGUCCGGACAGCAAUCUGUGCCACUUCAUCCCUCUAUGCCUUCUCAAGUGCCAUUUGAAUUCAUUCCUCUACAAAACCGUAAUAGCACAACUCUGGAUGACACAUUUCUGAGCACUAUAUUUGCUGCAAAUGAGAGAGGAAAUGAAGGAGGCCAAUGAAGAAGUUAUUGGAAUUUGAGUUUUUGGUGGUGUUGUGUAAUGAAC